GCAAGUGGGUGAAACCAGUGAGCAGAAGGAGGAUGGCAGAAAUGGAGGCAACCAAAGCAUGCCUGCUCAUGAAAGGCAGCUGCUUGGGAAGUCAGGAAAGCAAAGGCGACAGCACAUGGAUUCUUCCCAACUUGCCCAGUAAGUGCACGUGGACAGCUGCAACGCCUGCCAACAAGUCUCCACACACCUGUAUACCCUUAUCAGAAGAAACAAAGAUUUUACCCAACAUCUUGAAGAAAAUUGGCAGCACCCCCAUGGUCCGAGUCAACAAGAUUGGGAAGUCCUAUGGGCUCAAGUGUGAGCUCUUGGCAAAAUGCGAGUACUUCAACGCAGGAGGCAGCGUGAAGGACCGCAUCAGCCUGAGGAUGGUGGAAGACGCAGAGAGAGCGGGGAUUAUAAAACCGGGAGACACGCUGAUUGAGCCCACUUCGGGGAACACAGGAAUCGGGCUGGCUCUGGUAGCUGCAGUGAAAGGCUACCGCUGCAUCACUGUCUUGCCGGAGAAAAUGAGCAUGGAGAAGGUUGAUAUUUUGAAGGCACUGGGUGUUGAAAUUGUGAGGACCCCAUGCACCCGUUUUGAUGCUCCAGAGUCUAACAUUCGUGUCGCCUGGAAGCUGAAAAAUGAAAUCCCAAACUCUCACAUUCUGGACCAGUACCGAAAUCCAAGCAACCCUCUGGCUCAUUACGACACCACCGCUGAGGAGAUCCUGGAGCAGUGUGAAGGCAAGGUCCACAUGGUGGUGAUUGGGUCCGGCACAGGGGGCACCGUCACUGGUGUUGCGAGGAAGUUGAAGGAGAAGUGCCCAGAGUGCAAAAUAAUUGGUGUAGACCCUGAAGGCUCCAUUGUCGCUCUGCCCAGUGAAUUGAACAGGACGAACAACACAACCGUAGAGGUGGAGGGCAUUGGGCAUGACUUUAUCCCCACUGUCCUGGACAGAUCAGUGGUUGAUCAAUGGUAUAAAUGCAAUGACAGGGAUUCGUUCCUCAUGUCUCGCAGGCUGAUUAGAGAGGAAGGAUUGUUGUGUGGUGGCAGCUCAGGCAGUGCCAUGUCAGUCGCCGUGCAGGCUGCCAAGGACCUGAAGGAUGGUCAGCGCUGUGUCGUCAUCCUGCCUGACUCUGUCAGGAACUACAUGUCCAAGUUCUUGAACGAUAAAUGGAUGAUAAAAAACGGAUUCCUAAAUGACGUCCAGGAGCACAAGCCUUGGUGGUGGAACAUCAAGGUGCAGAAACUGAAUCUCUCAGCCCCUCUCAUUCUUCUCCCAGAAGUCAGCUGUCAAAAGGCAAUUGAAAUCCUUCGGGAGAAGGGAUACGACCAGGCUCCUGUUGUUGCUGAAUCAGGACUUAUUCUGGGGAUGGUGACCCUCAGUAACACCUUGACCUCAGUGCUGGCUGGAAGCGCACAGUUCUCAGACCCCGUUACAAAAGUAAUCUACGACCAGUUCUCUAAGAUCAGCCUGGAGGACAGCCUUGGGAAGCUUUCCUGCAUCCUAGAGAAUGACCACUUCGCUAUUGUCGUGCACGAGCAAAUGCAGUUCAGUGGAAAUGGCAGUUCCUUCAUGAAACAGAUGGUGUUUGGAGUGGUCACCGCGAUGGACCUCCUCACCUUUGUCAGCAGAAAUGACAAGAAGUAAGGAAGGAGCCCAGCUGUGCUGAGCCCCGUGCCUCCAGCAGGGUCAGCUGCUCCUCCUGAGCAUGAAACACGUGGCUGAGGAUAUUUUGUGGUCUAAUCCAGCUGAUGGUUUCUCAAAAUGACUAUGUGAAAAUUGUAAUGUAAUAACUGCGUGUCUGCUAGAUGCCAGCCAGAGCAUCACUAAAAAGAAGUGAAACAAAGAAAUUA